CUUCUCUUUCUAUCGUAUAUUCUUUCCAUUUCACCUCCUUCCUUUUAACUGUCUAACCUAAUCCAGUAGCCUCCAACCCAGAUUAAUUUCCCCCCUCAACCUGCUUCUCUCUCUCUCGCUCUCUCUGUUUCGAAUUCAUGAUUAAUUGUAACAGUUGCAACAUACUUUUUUCUAUGUUUCUUCUCUUUCAAAGCAAUCUCUUCUAGAUCUCACCGUCUUGUUGAAAUCUUUUUUUCUUCUUCAUCAGCGACCUUUCUCUCAUACACUUCCUCUCUUCACAAUUUUAUGGGUUUUUUGAUCUCAUACUCUAUUACUCUUCAACAUUAUCAUUUGAUCUGAUUUGAUACGAUUAAUUUCUUUUUCUGUCGCUACUUCUAGCUUCUUGCCUUCUUCUCUGAGUUAUUCUAUGUAUUGAUCUGAUUUACUGUGAACUAGAGUUUAAACCGAUUCAACUCGCCCGUCGUAUCCGACAAACCGCCAAAACCGAAACCGAUCAAACCGUUGAGACUAAACGGACGGAGAAGGGUGGGAAUUUGUCACCCGCGGUUUGCUUCGGAAUGAGAUUUUUCAUCCGAAAUCCGACCGUAGCCACCCGUUGUCCACCCCUAGUUGAAACACAAAACUUGAGUUUGCCUUAUUUGAGUGCCUACUUGGACUCAGUAGGUUCAAACUUCAGCAACGGUGCUAAUUUUGCAACAGCAGGAUCCACCAUCAGACCUCAGAAUACAACCAAGUCUCAGAGUGGAUACAGUCCUAUAUCCUUAGAUGUUCAACUUAUACAAUACUCUGAUUUCAAAGCAAGAUCCAUACUUGUUCGCAAAAAAGGAGGAGUGUUUAUGAAAUUGUUGCCCAAAGAAGAGUAUUUUUCCGAGGCUUUAUACACUUUUGAUAUUGGUCAAAAUGAUCUCACUGCUGGUUACAAACUCAACAUGACUACAGAACAAGUCAAGGCAUAUAUACCUGAUGUAUUAGGCCAGUUCUCUGAUGUUAUAAGGAGUGUAUACAAGGAAGGUGGAAGGUCGUUUUGGAUUCACAACACAGGCCCAUUGGGCUGCCUUCCGUACACGUUGGAUCGCUAUCCGAUGAGUGUGGCCCAAAUGGAUAAAUUUGGGUGUGCCAAACCGUUCAACGAGGUAGCUCAAUAUUUUAACUCCAGGUUGAAAGAAACUGUUGUGCAAUUAAGGAAAGAGGUUCCAGAGGCAAUAAUUGUAUAUGUUGAUGUGUACACAGUGAAAUACAACCUCAUCAGCCAUGCCAAAAAAUAUGGUUUCGAGAAGGGUGUGAUUGCAUGCUGUGGACAAGGCGGGAAGUACAACUUCAAUAAUGUGGCAAGAUGUGGAGCUACCAAGAUUGUGAAUGGGAAAAAAAUUAUAAUAGCUAAGUCGUGCAAAGAUCCAAGUGUGAAGAUUAUUUGGGAUGGGAUUCAUUACACCGAAGCUUCUAAUAAGUGGAUAUUUCAACAAAUAGUUAAUGGAUACUUUUCAGAUCCACCUAUCUCUUUAAUUAAAAAUGGCUUGCCAUGCCCGUGGGAAUGAAUCCAUCAGCCACUAUUAAUCCAAUUUUAAUUAUAUAUCAUUUGUUGCACAUGCAUUUAAUCCAAUUUCUCUUCUCGACGUUAUUUGCUA